AUGGUUUACAACGCCGUGCUAUUCAUUGUCUCGCAUCCAGGCACCUUCAAACAGGGCACGAGAAUCGCAGUGCGAUCGGUCUUUGAGGAGCGCUUUGUCGUGUCCACGAAGCAACGAAGCCAAUUGGAUCGUUGGAAAAAGGGGAAUACUACCAACUCGUCAAGCGACGAGAACACAACCGAGGAUGAAUCUGAUGAGCUAUAUCUUUCUAACGAGUCUUAG